AUGCUUGGCUAUUCAGACCAUCUAAGUGGUUUGUUACAAGCGCGCAGGCUGCGUGAACUGGAUCUUUCGAGAAAAUUUCGAUGGUUGAUUGUGUGGCUGAACGUAGUCGCUAGCCUACCGCAAAUGUGCGCUUCCUUGGUGACCUUCGCAGCUUUCAUCAUUCGAUCCCAGAUUGACGGGUCCGAGCCUCUUUCGACUGCACAAGCUUUCACCUCUCUUGCCAUUAUCAGUCUCAUCACUUCUCCGGCAUUGCAACUCUUGGCAUCCAUUCCUGCGUUGUCAACCUCCGUGGCAGCUUUCGAUCGCGUGCAUCGAUUCUUAACGUGCUCCUACACAGGCAGGGAGGCGGAUCACAAUCCCGAGAUUGCGUUUUUUCAAGGCUCUGGUGUACUCCCUGCGUCAGAUAGGAAAAGAGCUGAUCAAGCAUUCACGCCCGAUAUCCAAAUGGAUACGACCAGAGUUGAUGGGCGACCGUUUUAUGUUCCCUCUUUAAGUUCUGAUAUCGCGAUUUUAACUGUGUCAGAGGCUUAUGUCAGGCCAAGCCCAGCUUCAGAAUUUUGUUUACAGAACAUCAACGUUACGGUCAAGUCAGGAAAGAUUACAAUAAUCACGGGCCCUGUGGGAUGUGGAAAAUCUGUCUUAUUGAAAGCGGUAAUGGGAGAAAUAAUCUGUGAACAGGGCUCUAUAUCAGUUUAUGACGAUGGAGGAAUUGCCUUCUGCGGUCAAAUCCCCUGGUUGCAAAAUACGACGAUUCGGAACAACAUCUGCGGGUAUUUAGGCCAAGACAACCCGAACUUGUAUCAUGAAGUCCUACAUGCCUGUGCUCUCGAAGACGAUCUUACCAGGAUAUCUAAUGGGGAUGAGUCGCUUGUGGGAAGCCAAGGAAUUACAUUAAGUGGUGGACAGAAACAGCGCAUUGCAUUGGCUCGUGCUCUGUACUCUAGACAACGUCUGCUCGUCCUGGAUAGUGUCUUGAGUGCGGUUGAUCAACACACGGAGCGAAUUAUACUCGAGCGGGUAUUUGGUAGCAAUGGACUUUGUCGAAAAGCAGGCAUAUCUGUGCUAAUGACAGCACACUCCAAAAAAUAUUUUGGUCUAGCCGACGAGGUCCUAGUAUUGAACGCACAGGGACAGGUCGUGAAACAAGGGGCCUUUAAACCUGCGCUAUCCGCAGAUCAAGUAACAGAAACUGAGGAGUCGGAAUUCCCCGGAAUUCACGAUAGUGAUUCGUCUACGAAAGAAAAAGAUAUUACAGUUCCCAAAACACUAACCCCUGAAAUCAUCUCUGAUAUGUCUCGUCAGACUGGCGAUAUUGCUGUCUACUCAUAUUAUCUCAGAGCCAUUGGGUGGCGACUCGUGCUUGGGGCCUGUGUGAUUAUUGUGGUAUAUGCCUUUUCCACUAACUUUCCCCAGGUUUGGUUGGACAUUUUUACCAACGAUGAUGGUGCACGMCCCAGCCGAUUCAUAGGUGUUUAUGUUUUUCUGGCCGUUGCUGCUUCAGGAUCCCAAGGUUUAAUGAUAUGGCAAAUCAUGAUCAAUAUUGUUGUCAGGUCAGGGUUGACGCUGCAUGGCAUUCUCGUUCGUGCCGUGAUGAAUGCGCCGAUGCAUGUAUUCGCGGAAGUUGAUUCAGGUGUAAUCUUGAAUAGGUUCAGCCAAGAUAUGACUCUCGUCGAUGCGGUUCUGCCCACUGUGACAUUUGGGACACUCCUAGGUGCUGCACAAUGCCUAGCCCAAGCGGCUUUGAUAUCAUUAGGGUCAAGUUACAUGGCGAUCACCAUUAUUCCGACACUUAUCGUUCUUUAUUUUGCACAAAAGGUAUAUCUACGAACAUCUCGACAGAUCCGAUUCCUUGACUUGGAAGCGAAAAGCCCUCUUUAUACACAUUUUGCGGAGACGUUAACCGGACUAUCUACCAUUCGAGGAUUUGGCUGGCAGACAAAGUUCUUGGAGGAAUGUCUCUGCCGACUCGAUAUUUCUCAGAGGCCAUAUUAUUUACUCUUUUGUAUUCAGCGAUGGCUCAAUGUCGUUCUAGAUCUUAUGGUUGCCAAUUUGGCGAUAAUAUUGACAGCGCUAGCGACGUCCUUGCGUGGUUCCACGGACGCGGGAAAGCUUGGAGUUUCUCUUACAGCUAUCAUGGCAUUUAACCAAUCUCUACAGGAGCUGGUGACCAGUUGGACUGCGAUGGAGACCUCUCUAGGGGCUAUUUCCCGAACUAGAUCAUUUCAAUUGAAUACUGCCAGUGAGCAUCGACAUGGAGAAGAUUUUGUCCCUCCGUCGGAGUGGCCCUCCCGCGGUAAGAUCGAUGUACAAGCUGUUACCGCAUCUUACGACGGCGUGAAGAAUGUCUUGGAGAAUAUCAAUGUCACGAUCGAUCCGGGAGAGAAAGUAAGAAUAUGUGGAAGAACUGGCAGCGGAAAGAGUACCUUUAUUUCGCUGCUACUACGACUGAUUGACCACAAAGCUGGCACUAUUCGGAUCGAUGAUGUAGAUAUCACAACGAUUCCCCGUAACGUCCUCCGCUCUCGUUUCAUUUCUAUCCCACAAGAUCCGCUACCAGCCCUCCCAGGCUGUUCCAUCCGAUCAAACCUCGAUCCGAAUCGACAUGCAACGGAUGCAGUGAUCUUGUCUGCCCUUGAGAGGGUCGGCCUCCAUAAUUUGGUUGAAUCUCGUGGUGGUUUGAACGGAGAAGAUUUGAGCUCACAUCCAUUGUCACAGGGGGAGCAGAGACUCUUCGCACUUGCAAGAGCCUUGAUAUCCAAGUGGACGCGGGAUGCGACUACUGGCGGUCUGGGAGGGAUACUAAUUCUUGAUGAGUUCACCGGAAACACCGAUGCGGAGACCGAGCGAGCAAUGCUUCAGAUCAUUGAAAAAGAAUUUGCAGUCUACACAAUCAUUCAAAUUACACACCAAAUUGAUGCGCUCGACUAUUCCGAACAAACUCUUGGUGUCAAAUUCGACCUAACCGCCAAAGAAUUCUUACAACUGUCCGACAACAAAAACCGACUUGGCGGUCUAGUUGACUGCAUUCACCAUGUCGGCGCCUCCAAGUUUGAGCGUACGGGCAAGGACACGAUAACUGGUCAUCACCAAGUCAGGGUUGAGUACAAACGUUACAGGACCAUGGAGAAGAAGGAAACUGAAGUCGAGGCAAGGGGACAUGGGUUGACGAUGAUGUUACAUUAUUAUAAAAAGGUCGAUGGAAAAUGGAAACUGGCAGGUGUGAAGCCUCAGAAGCGUCUGGAUGAGUUUAAUUUUCCGCAGAUUUUCAAGGAGCCGGAGGCCAAAGGAAAGGCAAAAAUGUGA